GAUUUCUAAUAAACAUUAACCUGUGCAUUUCCCCCCUCCUCUCUCUCCUGCUAUAUGUGGAGAUUUUAGAGUAGGGCUGUAAUGAGAGUGCGCCUGAAGUUAAAGAGGCAGCGAUAUUAGGGAGUAGCACCGCGGCACUUUUCAAAGCAUUUUCUCGGCGAUAUUUGAAAAACGGAGUCGUGCGGUGAACUCCUGCGUGUCCCUUUUAAAACAAACCCUGCGCCUGUCAAUCACCGCACAUUCCAACCAAUCCCAAAGCUCCCUUUUUAAAAGCAGGUUUGCCUGCUGUGCUUUUAUAUUGCACCAUGGCCUGUUUCGAAGCAUUUUUUACUACCACGGUUAUUGCCACAAAUCAAGAGGGCAAAGUGAACCGGCAUGGGACUCACACCAACUCUAACGAAACUGAGUCUGGUUGCAGCUUCCGCGAUGUUCACGGCCAAGAAUUUCACAUGCAGAUGAUAUACAGCAAGGGGAGAGAAAAAAAAACAGCAACAUGGGAGCAGAGUUUCUAGGUGCAUCCUGACUGCUUGCACUGGUUGAUUUCUGCAAACUCACAGGCAAACUCACAACAAAACAUGACAAGCCUUUCGAGGUUUAGUGGCUGCCCUCUCUCUUGCGUCAACCCCGGGGAGAGCAAUACUGAACCCAGCGUGGUGCUGCCACCUUUGGCAGGGGAGCACAUGGGACACCCCACUGGCAGUUCCUUAAAACUCUGCCCCUCGCACAAUUUGCGAGACUACCCCGAGACGAGGUCCAGUGCAUAUGUUGACCACUCGGUUCCCAGUUUUUCAGACUCUGGAUAUCCCAGUCACCGGUUAGAGCACAGCCCUAGGGGCAUUAUCAUUGGAGCAAAUCUCUCUGGAGCCGGCAUGCCACCCGUCACUGAUCAACUGGCACCAAGACCCAACCAACAUGGCGGGAUGGGAAGGUACCGGGACUUUGCUGGCUGCAGGGACAACAGGAGCCACGCUUUUUUUGCCAGCUACCAGGAGCAGGCCCACGCCUCCACGGACGCGUCCCGCGACCUCGGCAGUCAGAUGAUGCUGGGUCUACCUGGCGACCUCCUCACCCGGACUCAUUCCUACGGCCAGACCAUCAGCCCCAAGGGAAACAGCCAGCAGAUUGUCACUCAGUUCCUGGGUCUCUACAAGCCCCUGAACAUGGCGAUCCAGCGUGGGGGAGCCGACGCCUUCCUCAGGUGCUCCAAGCAGACGGUUAAGCAUGAGCUGGUGUGCAAGUGGAGUGACGGCAAAGAGGCUGGAACGGGAAAGCUGCCCUGCUCCAGAGCCUUCGGGACCAUGUAUGAACUUGUCACCCAUGUGACAGUGGAGCACGUCGGAGGACCCGAGCACUCUGAAUACAUUUGUCACUGGGAGAACUGUGCGAGGGACAGGAAGCCUUUCAAAGCCAAAUACAAGCUGGUGAAUCACGUCAGGGUCCACACUGGGGAGAAGCCCUUUCCCUGUCCAUUUCACGGCUGUGAGAAAGUUUUUGCUAGAUCAGAGAAUCUAAAGAUCCACAAGAGGACUCACACAGGUGAAAAACCGUUUAAAUGCGAGUUUGAGGGCUGCAACCGGAGAUUCGCGAACAGCAGCGACAGAAAGAAGCACUCCCACGUCCACUCCAGUGAUAAACCCUACAUGUGCAAGGUCAGGGGCUGUGACAAGUGCUACACCCACCCGAGUUCUCUGCGGAAGCACAUGAAGCUCCACUGCACCAAGGAGCACGUCGCCAAAGGCGGCGACGCGCCUCCCGGUGACGGAGGUCAUGCUGCGGAAGGCAGGCCGGCGCGAGCGUCGGACCUGGGCCAGAUCAGCCCCCCCCAAGCCCCCACCUCCACUCAGGAUGUCCCCCUGUCCCCUGAGAGCCGGGACGAGUCGACCCCGAGGUCACGCUUCCAUCACGCGUUUGACAGCAGUUUGGACUACUCCGCGCACAGGUCGCAGCCCCUCUUGGACCCUUUGUUGCUGCAGAGGGGCAGCUACAGGUCCCAGUCUUCCCAGUACCCCUGCGGCCAGACUGGUCACGCUUUUGCCCAGACCUCGCGGACUUUCUCCUCGGCUUCUCCCUUUCAGAAGAGCAUCGUGAACGGAUGGUACACAUGCCACAGUGGCGUGGACACAUUCCCACCAAAGCAGUGCAACAACAUCCCCUCCCUCUGAGGGCCUGAACGCAAACUGUGGGCCUCUGUUUCUAUGUUGUAGCGUAAAACCCAACAGCUGUUUCUCUUUUACUCUGUGUACUUUUGUGAAUGCUGUAUGAAAUAGUUUCUGAAAAGUCCUUUUGAAUUUUGCAUUGCGAAAUAUGGCCACGUUUUUGUCGUUCUUAUUGUUCUCCGCUCGCCCUUACAUCUCCACAGUGUGCUUUAGGAGCGCAUACGCGUUGCAUAACUUAAAAAAAAAUGUCGGUCGGUCUUAAAAAUGAAAAGAAAAUGAUUGUUUUUUAAUGUAAGCUUUUUAUAUAUAUAAUUAUCAGCGCAUUACGCAUUCUGAACCUAAAAUCUCUUACAGGAAAGUUAAAAAAUAAAUCUGAAUGUAGCCCUCACAGUAGGGGUCUUUGUUGAAUGUAAACUAGGUUUAAUGUAUGUCGGGAUGAAUAGAAAUAUUAUUCAUGAUUUUAUGUAUAUCGCAGGUUGAAUCAUUAUCUGGAUGAUCUUUACUUAAGUUAAAUUUUGAGAUCUAACAGGCCUGCUUGGUGGGCCUGCAGCAUGAUUUGACUUUAAUUAAUAUACCGGCAGGCUCAUUAUUUUUUCCUUUCCCUUACCCUUGAUUAUGUUCAACGUUCUCGCUCCUUUUUUCCCCCAUGAAACAUUUGUGCUCUACAAUAUGUGUUUAUUUCACAUUUCUGUGCAAAGUGAGUAAAACCACAGUGUUCGUGUUAAUGGGAAAAAAAAACGUUUAAUUAGAAUACAUUCCUGCUGUACAUAAGCAUACUGUAUAAUUAAUUAUGUAUCUUAUAUUUUAUUAAAGUGUCUAUAUUCUCUUUGAUCAGAUAUGUGUGAUAUACCCUCAUCAAAUAAUUUUCAACAAAGAUGCAAACUUUUCUCUGGGUACAAAAAAGAGAGAAAUUAUCCAUGUCCUGUGUGAAGAUUUGGAAUUCAUUGUGAAGCCCUCCUACAGUUCUUAAUAUACAUAUGGAAGAAAAAUUUAUCUGAGUUAAAUGAGACUGAUAAAUGCAUCUGUGAGGGCUGCCCUUUAUAUAUAUAUAUACACCAAGCAGUUUGUACUCCUUUAUUUUAUUAUGGCUGUUUGCCUUGUUGAGUUCCCUGACAUGACAUUUGAUGUAAAUUGGUGCUAUGUAAAUUAACUGAAUUGGAUUUAAUUUAAUAUACAGAAUUACACUAUCUUGUACUAUGAGAGCAUCCUGGUAGCAGCUUGCCUUAAUGUUCAUAUAUCUGUUAUAUAAUUGAUCAAAACUACUGGGUUUCAUGUUGCGUUUUCUAAUUUUUCAACCCAUCUCAACAUUCAUUGAAGGCAAAUAAAACUCAUGUUGGAAAAGUCUUGGUUAAAGAAACAGCUUUCAAACAAAGAUGUUAGUUUUGCUUUGUUAGAUUUUCUUUCUGCUUAAUGGUGAAAUGAUUGCCUCCAGUACAGUUUCACUGACACAUUUGUUCACGUUCCUUAGUUUUUGUACCUUCUGGAAUGCAAAUGUCAACAAACAGCUCAUUAUUUCACAGGAAUGAGCUGAACAGAUCUCUCUUUUCGAUGCCUGUCUUUCUUUUUUUUUUUUUUUUUUUUUUGUCGUCAGACUUUGAGUUUGCUUUUGCAAUCUAGUCUUGGUGCAAAGGCUGAACUUAUCUUCAGCGAGUUAUUGUUCCCGGCUCAUACUCCCUGAUUCAUGUGUUAUAAAAUACAUCUUUGUCUAAAGAUGUCAAAAGGAGUGUAGUUGAAAACCCAGAGAGAAGGUGAAAGUACAGUGCGGGACGUCUUGAUGAUGAAUAAAGACAUAAAAAUAAAUCUUUCACUCUAAAAAUGAUUUCUGACCAUUUUCCAUGCAUGCUAUCCAUAUUUUUGGUAGCACACAACUUAAAUUCAAACUUGUAGACAUAGAUUAGGUCAUGUUGAGUCGUUUGACGUUUGCUGGAGAAUCAUAUUUGCAGGACAUGAUGGCCUCAGUGAUCUUUCAGCUAACUAAUGUCAAAGUUUUUUCUGUCUAUCAAGAUUUUCAAUAGAUAUUUGGAUGAUCAGGAAAAAGAGUGCUCUUACUGGUACAAGGUUACAUUUUUGACCCUCUAGUGAUUUCAUUCUGUAUACUAUUUCAAGGUCAGAACAAAAGCAUUUCAAGACAUGCAUAAUUUUUGCCACAAUAUAAAGAAUGAAAAAAUACGUACUGGAUUAUUUGUUUCAUGUCUUAGUAAAAAGCUGGAAAAAGUAUGUUUAUUGUAUAUGUGUACAGUAAUUUCCAGAUGUCUUCAGAUGCAAUCUGUGAUUAACUUGUUUAUGUAUUCUGUGUUGUGUGUAUGUCACCCAUGAGGACGCAUAAUUUGGGAGAUUCAGAUAUUGAACGUGCGCUUUGCAAAUCCCUCACGAACUUUCAACAGUUUCAAUUUCUGUAUGACACCAAGCAGUUUGCACUGCUUUAUUUUACUUUUUGUAAUUAGCAGUGACUUAGCAUUGCUGUUUGAGAGCUACUUAAUAUGAUGAAAUAUUAAUAUUAAUGUAGCUGAAGAUUUUCUAAGUCUUAAAGGAUCAUCUCAAGUGCUUGGUUUGAAAUAUUUAAAUAGAGAGGUCUUUCUGUCUUUAAGCAAAGUGGGCCAAACUUUUCCAGCUUUGAUCCAUUUGCUUUAAUGGACAGAUUACUAGAAUUUGUGAGAUAACUUUCUAAAGAACGCAACCAUAGUGAGAGUUGCAUCAAAUGCUUUAGGUGUUAAGAUGAAGUGAGGAGUUUUGAAGCGAUGUUGAGAUUUUUAAAUCUUACCUCUCAUCUGCUAUGCC